AUGCGGCUCCUCCGAGGCGGCUUCCUUUGGCUGCUCGCAGCCUCGCUGCUGCGUCCCAGUAGCGGCGAUACGCUGGACAUCGACGUUAGGCUUUUCCUGGACUCGAACUGCUUCGACCCGUACGACGAGCUGUUGCUUCUUGACGAUGGCUGCUAUGCGAACCUCUACACGAAUGCGACCAAGGCUUUCAAAGUGAGGAUCGUGGGCUUCGUCGAACCUUUCAAGUAUGACAUCCAGGACUACACCGACGCGUGCCACACGAUCUUCAGUCCGAAGAGGACUCUCGAGUCGGGGAAGUGCGAGCGUUUCAUCGGAGGCUACUGGGCUGAGAUCACGAACCGGCUGCGCUCCUCCACCUGCGUGGGGCAAGACUGCUCCAGACUGGCAGUGACGAAGCAGCGCUUCUACUCCGAGUCAAUGUGUGUUGGGCUGCCCUACGAGGUCUUCACAUAUCCGGUCCAGAACGAGUGCAUGCGUGCGAGCAAUGGCACCCAGGCAUUUCGCGUGGAUCCCACAACGACGAAUGUCACCCAGGUGGACUACCUCGUGAACGACAGGUGUGGAGGAGACCUAACUCGGCAGUACAUCAUGAGCGUGGGCUACUGCUACGAGCUCUAUCCGGACAGAGCGCCGCGGAGCUUUCGUUGGGAGGUCGAGAGAUACGACGCAACUGCAAUCUCCGAUGCCUGGAGGCCCAGCAGCCUCGGCUUGGUCCAGGCUGCAGGCGUUGCUGCCCCGCUGGCUCUCCUGGGCAGCCCCAGACCCCGGGAGUUGUGA